AUGCCCACAGCGCGCAGCUUACUCUCCGCGCGCUGGUUGCGCUCGCGCCGUCCUCCGCGGACAGACGAUACAGAUGACUCCCCAAGCCCAAACAUGGACCGAAGACCCCGCGUCGCUCGCGUCCUCAGCUCCCCGGCCAGGGCCCAGACCACGCCCCUCGAUGAGGAGUCGCUCGAGAGAGCCUACCCCUCCAUGGGCCACUUGGAGUAUGUCCUCGCCGGUUCAUCACCCCCGGCAGAGAGCGCCCCCAACAUGUACGACAGCUUCGAGGAACCUCCCCUCGACCUAACUGCGCACAUCUGCGCCGACUCGCUACGUCAGAGCGCCUACGAACAAAUGCGAGCUGUCGGCGGCCGACUAAGACUCCUCGAUGAAUUGGAAUCCGGCGUCAUAACAAUUGAGACCGUUAACACAUUCAUAACAGCAUCGGAAGCCGAGAGACAUGUCUGCUUAUUUUGGGCCGCAUAUCUCAAACUCGAUCAUUUUUUGCAGCCUCUGGUUGAAGCGGGCGCGGAUCCGCUAUACUUCGACGCGCUAGGCCUGUCUCCCUUGCACGCGGCCGCGUUCAGCGGGUCGACGGAAUGCGCCAGUUACUUACUGUCUUGCGGAGCGGACCCUAAUUAUAUGCCGAGAUGCUUCGUGCCGCUCCAUUGUGCCGCGUUCGGAAAUUCUGUACAAGUGGCUAAUUUACUAAUCACUCAUGGUGCUUCAGUCCAUGCCGCUGUCAAAUACGUGAAUUGUGAAGGGGGUCUACUACAUUGCGCCGUUCGAGCCAACUCGAUUGAUUGUUUAAAGCUGUUUAUAUCUCAUGGUAUUGACGUCAACCAAAUAGAGCCUGGCGGUACAAAUGCAAUCCACCUUGCUGCCGACUUGGGCAUGAUUCAAUGCCUUGCGAUCCUUCUCGAAACACCAGGGGCGGACCCUAACGUUAGAACGAGAGUAGGCGAUAGAGAAUCUACGGCGUUACAUUUGGCAGCAGAUGGUGGUUUUGUGGAAUGUGUUGAUCUUCUUCUAACAAAAGGUGCGGAUGCUAGUUUAAAAAACCAUAGAGGAUUUACUGCUUUACAUUUGGCAGCACGUUCAGCAAGCUUAGAGUGUGUCGAAUCAUUACUCAGAAAAGGAAACGCUGAGCCGAAUUCAAUGGAUUUCGAUAAGAGAACACCACUGCAUGCCGCAAUCGGAAAAUCUGAUAGUGCAUGUGACAUAAUCGAAACAUUAAUCAGUUGGGGAGCAAACGUCAAUCAGAAGGAUGAAUAUGGCUUUACACCUUUGCACUUAGCCGCUCUCGACGGCCUGUCCGCGUGCGUGGAGACGUUAAUUUAUCACGGUGCUGAUGUAACGACGCGAUCUAAAAAAGGAAACUCGGCUCUUAAUGUCAUCGCCAGAAAGACGCCCGCGUCACUCGCUAUGAUAACGAGGAAGCUGGACUGCGCUAUCACGUUGCACCACUCGCAGACGAGUAAUAGAGAGGUCGAACUUGAACUCGACUUUCGCAGCAUACUCCAACAUUGCUACCCGCGUGAAAUUAGUUAUCUUAAUACUUUCGUUGAUGAAGGCCAAAAAGAGGUACUACUUCACCCGUUAUGCUCCGCUUUUCUUUAUAUAAAAUGGGAGAAAAUACGUAAAUACUAUGUGGCACGACUAUUUUUAAGUUUUAUUUUUGUCCUAUGUUUAACGUUAUAUGUAUUGACUGCGCUGGCGCACAACUGUUAUAAUGGAAGUAAAGAUAUGGAAGAGACAAUACAGGAACAAGAGUUAUGUCAAAAGCAAUCUAUCUUAGGAGACUUACUACGCAAAAAUCCAUUUGUCAUAGAAAUGCAAUGGUGGGUUUUAGCGGGAAUAACAAUUUUUGAAAUAUUUCGAAAGGUUUAUGGUAUCGCGGGCUACUCCACCGUAAAACAGUAUUUGAUGCAAUCAGAAAAUAUUAUUGAGUGGUUCGUUAUAGUGAGCGUGUUUCUGAUAUCUUAUAUUUACACAAAUAUUACAUACACAUGGCAAAAUCACGUGGGAGCGUUCGCAGUGCUCGCGGGGUGGACGAAUUUAAUGAUGAUGAUCGGUCAGUUGCCUGUCUUCGGAACAUAUGUGGCGAUGUACCAAAAAGUGCAAAAGGAAUUUGCUAAACUCUUAAUGGCUUACUCGUGUAUACUUAUCGGAUUCACCAUAAGUUUUUGUGUUAUAUUUCCCGAUUCCUCCUCUUUUGCUAAUCCUUUCAUGGGGUUUAUCACGGUGUUAACAAUGAUGAUUGGUGAAUUAAAUCUUGAUUUGCUGCUAAACGAACCAGAUGGAAACGACCCACCAGUUCUAUUGGAAUUUUCUGCACAAAUAACAUAUGUUUUAUUCCUCAUGUUUGUAACAGUUGUGCUCAUGAAUCUACUUGUCGGUAUAGCAGUUCAUGAUAUUCAGGGUUUGAGGAAAACCGCGGGCCUUUCCAAACUCGUCCGACAAACUAAACUAAUCUCAUACAUGGAACUGGCAUUGUUUAACGGCUAUCUGCCUAAAUGUCUAUUAAAAAUACUACACAGCUCAGCCCUCGUGUCACCUCAAGCAUAUAGAGUAGUAUUGAGUGUCAAACCAUUGAACCCAAGCGAGAAACGUUUACCGCGAGACAUAAUGAUGGCAGCUUACGACAUUGCUAAAAUGAGAAAGCAGUAUGGACACACGAUAUCGUCUAACGGAUCGACAACAGGGGCGUACUCGUGCUUUAAGAAAUAUGAAAAUAAUAAUGAUUCGGGAUACCGGGAAUACGGUUAUUCAUCCGGUCUGGGAAGUAUUCAAGGGAGGCUGGACGAGACGUCUGAGAAUGUGCGGCAAUUAACACAGGAGGUGAAAGAAUUGAAAAAGCUUAUAAGCGCACAACAGCUUGUGAUACAGCAAGCCCUCGCGAGCGCGUUGGACAACCGU